UGUCUCGUUCAAUCUCCCUCUGCACCCUUCGCGGUGCCCUCUGGCUGCCGCUUCUCCUACUGGAGCACCGGCCUUUUACCUUGUGAUGGAGGGAACUGAAGUGGCCAAAUAGCUCGCUUGCAUUGAUGAAGGGGUGUGGGGGCACAGUUGGUGCUAUUUUCACUUGUCCACUAGAAGUCAUUAAGACGAGGUUGCAGUCUUCGAGAUUAGCCCUCCGGACCGUCUAUUAUCCUCAGGUUCAUCUGGGGACCAUCAGUGGAGCUGGAAUGGUGAGACCAACAUCCGUGACGCCUGGACUCUUUCAGGUUCUGAAGUCAAUCUUGGAGAAGGAGGGACCAAAGUCACUUUUUAGAGGCUUGGGUCCAAAUUUGGUUGGAGUUGCACCGUCAAGGGCUGUGUACUUUGCAUGUUACUCCAAAGCCAAAGAGCAAUUUAAUGGCAUUUUCGUGCCUAAUAGCAACAUUGUGCAUAUUUUCUCAGCUGGCUCUGCAGCUUUUAUCACAAAUUCCUUAAUGAAUCCUAUAUGGAUGGUUAAAACCCGGAUGCAGCUAGAGCGGAAAGUGAGGGGCUCCAAGCAGAUGAAUACACUCCAGUGUGCUCGCUACGUUUACCAGACAGAAGGCAUUCGUGGCUUCUACAGAGGACUAACCGCCUCGUAUGCUGGAAUUUCAGAGACGAUCAUCUGUUUUGCUAUUUAUGAAAGUUUGAAGAAGUACCUGAAAGAAGCUCCAUUGGCCUCUUCUGCAAAUGGGACUGAGAACAAUUCCACCAGUUUUUUUGGACUCAUGGCAGCUGCUGCUAUUUCGAAGGGAUGUGCCUCCUGCAUCGCUUACCCACAUGAAGUCAUAAGGACGCGGCUCCGGGAGGAAGGCACCAAGUACAAGACCUUCAUCCAGACGGCACGCCUGGUGUUCCGGGAGGAAGGCUACCUCGCCUUUUACAGAGGGCUCUUUGCCCAGCUCAUCCGGCAGAUCCCAAACACUGCCAUUGUGUUGUCUACCUAUGAGUUGAUCGUGUACCUAUUAGAAGACCACACUUAGAAGCAGGCCAGAACAUUGUGCCGUAGAAGAAUAAAACUGAAAAACUCUAGAGAAUCUUUUCUUCCCAUUGAUGUUCAGAAUGUUUGAGAUGGAAACAGGAAAGGCCCUAGGAUACCUGGCUCAUUUCACCUGUUGGACAUUUCCUUUUGGAUCCAUGCUUUCUGGAAGGUUUAAAGUCAUUAACGUUCAUAGUUAAUUGUAACUUUUUUUUUUUAACUUAAGAGGAUUCAGGAUGAAGCAGCAGCUAAAUUAAAUCAUGCUAUUUAAUUUAAGUAUA